AGCUGAAAGCCCUCUUCGACGAGGCGGCCCGUCGGGCACCGUGCAUCAUUUUCCUGGACGAAAUCGACGCCAUUUGCCAGCGGCGUGAUGACUCCGAGAGCGAGGCCGAAAAGCGCAUGGUCGCCGCGCUGCUGACCCUGAUGGACGGCGUGGAGAGCCAGCACGACGGGGUGGUGGUCAUCGCGGCCACCAAUCGGCCGGACUCGCUGGACCCGGCCCUGCGCCGGCCCGGGCGCUUUGACCGGGAGCUGAGCAUCGGCGCGCCGGAUGCCGCGGCCCGGGGGGACAUCCUGCGCAAGGCCCUGGCCCGGACCCGGCACCGGCUGGCCGAGGAGGACCUGCUGGCGGUGGCCGACAAGUGCCACGGCUUCGUCGGGGCCGACAUGGCCCUCCUCGUGGAGGAGGCCGGCCUGUCGGCGGUCGGGCGGUUUGUCCAGGCGGCCGAUGUCCCGGCCGCCGACCAGGUGGCCGAGCUGUGCCUGGAGCUGGGGGACUUCCAGCUGGCCCUGCAGCGGGUCAAGCCCAGCUCCCUGCGGUCGGUGGCCCUGUCGCUGGACGAGUCGGCGCGGGUCUACUGGCGGGACAUCGGCGGCCAGGAGGACGCCAAGCAGCGCCUGCGCGAGGCCAUCGAGUGGCCGUUGAAGAACCCGGAGGCUUUCCGCCGGCUGGGCAUCCGCCCGCCGCGUGGCAUCCUGCUGUAUGGUCCGCCCGGCUGCAGCAAGACCCUGCUCGCGCGUGCCCUGGCCACCGAAUCCGGCGUCAACUUCAUCGCCAUCAAGGGUCCGGAGAUCUUCAACAAGUGGGUUGGAGAGUCGGAGCGCGCCGUGCGCGAGAUCUUCCGCCGGGCGCGCGGCGCCUCUCCGGCCAUCAUCUUCCUUGACGAGGUGGACGCCAUCGCCUCCAAGCGUGGGUCCUCCUCCGGCGAGUCCUCCGUUUCGGACCGCGUCGUGAGCCAGCUUCUCUCCGAGAUCGACGGCAUUGAAGGCCUCGACGGGGUGACCAUCGUCGCGGCCACCAACCGGCCGGACAUCAUCGACCCGGCCCUCAUGCGCCCCGGGCGGCUGGACCGCAAGUUCCUCAUCGAUUUGCCGGACCACCCGGCCCGAGUGGCCAUCCUCCAGCGGCGCUUGCGUGACGUGCCGCAUGACGAGCAGAUGGACCUGGACGACCUCGCCACGCGGCUCGAGGGCUACUCGGGCGCCGAAACGGUGGCCGUCUGUCGCGAGGCGGCCCUCGCGGCCCUCAACGAUGCCAUUGCCGCGGCCGAUGCCCCGGCCAAGGAGUCCAUCCGCCGGGAGCACUUUGAUCGGGCGCUGGCCACCGUCCGGCCGCGCAUCUCCCCCGCCAUGAUGGACUUCUACCGGGGCUUCGCAGCCGGCGGCGCGGUUGUCACUGCCUCGUGGUAA